AUGGCAAUUCCCGCAGACGAUUCUGCUCCCUCACCGAAAUCGGACACCGCCAAUGCCCCGAGGAAAAGCAGCUCUCGGGGGCCGGACAUAGCGCAAAAGCGAUGGGAAGGAAUUGGGCAGGAAGGAGCGGGUUCUGAGGGAAAGGGAGUUGCGACCGAGGAGGGGAAGAGUCCCGGGCAGGCGCGAUUUGACGAGGUCGAGACGGAGGAGCCGCCCCAAUUGCCCUUCUCUAAAGCAAGAUGCAUCGCUCUUGUGGCUACUCUCACUGGUGCUUCAUUCCUCAACACUCUCUCGAUAAUGAGUGUCGUCAUUAUCCUUCCCACUAUUGGUGAAGCUCUCGACAUCCCCGAAACUCGGCUCCAGUGGGUUGUUUCCUCGUACUCACUCACCUUCGGCUGCUUCUUGCUCAUCUGGGGGCGCAUCGCAGACGUCUACGGCAAGCGUCUCAUCUUCAUCGGGGGCUCUAUCUGGGUCACGGCCAUUGCGGCAGCCAACGCGUUUUUGCCUAAUGAGAUUGCUUUCGAUUUGUUCAGAGCACUGCAUGGAUUGGGGGCUGCUGCAAAUGUGCCGACAGCAAUUGGCAUCUUGGGAGUGACAUUUCCCCCUGGAAAGGCAAAGAACUAUGCUUUUAGUACAUAUGCUGCAGGAGCACCCCUGGGAAGUGUAUGCGGAAACAUCCUAUCUGGUCUUAUUGCUGAGUACGCAAACUGGAAAUGGGUCUUUGGCGCAACCGCCAUCAUGGCAGGUAUCAUAUCUGCUGCUGGAAUCUUUGUUAUCCCACCUACCCCUACGCCUUCCAAGGAAGACAACGAAGGCAAAAGGAGGCCAACUAUCGAUUGGAUCGGAGGGCUCCUCAUCACCGUGGGGCUCCUUGCUCUGAUGGUUGCCUUGACUGAAGGUAAUGUGGUCGGUUGGGCGACACCCUGGAUCCCAGUUCUCAUCGUGGUGUCCUUCCUCAUCAUAGCUGCCUUUGUCUACUGGCAGAACUAUAUUGAGACUCGCCUACCUGACCGUGCGCCUCUUCUCAAAGUCUCCCUGUUUCGCAAUACCCGCUUCAGUGCCGUUAUCGCCAUUAUGGGACUCUUCUUCGCCGCCUUCAACAACUACCUGGUUUUUGCUACCUACUAUUUCCAGAGCUUCCAGGGCCUAUCGCCGAUCCAGACCACGCUGCGCUUCAUACCAACUGGAAUGUCCGGUGCUAUUAUCGCUGCCAUCGUGUCCCAGCUCUUGCACUGGGUUCCCACUGUCUACAUCCUGACUUGCGGCACGAUAGCUAUGUGCGGUUCUUGUAUUCUUUUUGCGGUCCCAAUCCCUCCGAGUACCUCCUACUUCGCUUGGGGCCUCCCCGCCAUGAUCCUUGCGGUUAUUGGUGCGGACACCUGCUGGCCGUCACUCACCCUGUUUACAUCUCAUUCUCUGCCCCAAAAAGACCAAGCCAUUGGCGGAGCUCUCAUUAACGCCUCUGGCCAGCUUGGCCGAUCUAUUGGCCUUGCUAUCAGUACUGCUGUUCAAACAUCCAUCAUGGCGAACGCCAGGCAUGUCCCGAUCGAGGACGCUGGACCAAUGGAAGCCUGGGACUUUGCCACUCUCAAAGGUAUCCGAGCUGCGAGUUGGAUGAAUUUUGGGUUGGGUGCAGCGGCAGUCCUCAUCGUCCCGCUGGCGUUCCGCACUUUGGAAAUUAUCGGGAAACCUACCACUCCUCAGCCAGUGAAAGACAGAAGCGACGACGAGGGUGUUGUGAGGAGUGCAAAGGACGAGGAAGAUAAAGCGGUGAAAUAG